AUGGCAUCCUCCAUCACAGAGGCGCAGGCUGCGCUUAUCAACUCUUUGACUACUGACGACAUCCCUCACAAACUGCGAUGUGCAAAUUGCAGCAAGCUUGCUGUCAACGCAUUCCGUUUGCCCUGCUGUGAACAAGCAAUCUGUGAAUCAUGUCACUCGAGUCUCUCCUCGUCCUGUCCAGUUUGCGAACACUCGCCGCUCUCUGCCGAUGAUUGCACACCCAACAAAUCGCUGCGUACGACGAUCCGGGUCUUUCUUCGCACCGCAGAGAAGAAAAGAGAAGUAAACAAGGUCAAGGACAUUCCAGAGCCGGCUUCCCAAACUCCAGUUGAAGCUGCUCCAGUGCACAGUUCCGACGAAGGCCAAGUAGUAGGCGCCGACAGAGCGUCUGUUAACGGAGCGCGAGAUUCGACUGCUGCCGCCGGUAACCCCUCAACAGUAUCCGUCCCUGAUGUGGCACAGGCUGAAACAGAGCAUACUCCACAGCAGCACGAAGCCUCUGACGCUCAACGAGAGGUAGCCGACGUGGGCAACAACGUCGACGAGGAGCAUGAUGACGAUGCGGACGAUUCGGACGACGACGUCGUCAUCACCACGAAGCGGCCAGAGCAACAUCCUCAAGAUGAUGAAGAGGUAGAAGAGGUCGAGGGAGACGGCCAGGGCGAAGUUGGAAACGGGGAUGGACAGCUGCCACUCGGAAACGGUUUCGCAAAUCAACUGUUUCCUGGGGGUGGCGACUUUAACCAAAUGCAGAUGAUGAUGGCCAUGCAGAGCAACAUGGGCUUUCCGAUGAUGGGAGGCAUGCCGGGCAUGAACAUGGACCCUAUGAUGCAAAACAUGUUUAUGAAUGGAGGCUUUCAAGGCAUGGGCAUGAACGGCAUGGGAAAUUAUGGAGGCGGCUACGAUAAUAACUGGAACGGUUCUCAGUCAUGGAAUUUCGACCAGAAUAAUUUCAAUCAAAAUGGCGCUGGUAUGAACACUGGUGAUUUUGGAAACUUUAAUUCUGGCUUCCAGACAGGCUACAAUCAAGGUAAUUAUGGCCAAUAUAAUAACUAUCGUCAGCACAAUUAUCGUGGCCGUGGUCGUGGCCGCGGAUACUAUGGGGGAUACGGUCGUGGCAGUUUCCAGCAAGGUGCCAAUUAUCACGGUCAAGGUCAAAUGCAGCAAGGCCAGAUUGACAGUACUGCCCAGUCAUUUUCACAGGCGAGCUACCAAGGUGACGCCCACAGUGUGAACCAAGACAAGGAAGGUAGUCAGCCUGCCGAUGUGCCUGUAAAUGCUCCGACAGGCCCAAAAGCUAUGCGCCAAGGUCUUCCAAAUACCAGUCUGCACCACCUGCGUGCAAGGGGCUACCAGGUCGGCGACGGUGCUGCGGAGGGCUCUGCUGAUGGCCAGAGUAGAUCUCAGUGUGAUGACGCUGAGCGUGACAUCGAGGGCGCUGACCGCAGAUCGGCACAAGGCAACCCCGAUCGCGACAACUCAUAUGCACAGUCUCGCGCGACUAGUAGAGGGCAUAGUCGCAGUCGCAGUCGCAGUCGGGGAGACGAAAGCUCGCGUCGGCGCACACGAGAACGCUCGCAGACGGCCGACGGCGACCGCCACGACGAUGACUCGCACAGCCGGAGUAGAAAGCACAGGAGCCGCAAGCACUCUUCCCGGCAUGGCGACGAGGAGGUGCAACACGAAAAGGGUACCACCGGCGGCGGUGAGCGAUCAAGGUCGGCCUCCCCCGAGGAUGGAGCUAAGAAGACAAGCCGCCACAGCCGCCGCGAGAGAGACUCGGAUCGCCAUCGCGACAAGGACAGGCAUCGCGGCGAUGAAAAGUCAAGCAGCCACCGAUCGCACAGGGACCGGGACCGGGACCGGGACCGUGAUCACGACCACUCGCGGCGCAGGGACAAGGAUAAGGACCGUGAUCGCGACCGCGACCGUGACCGGGAUCGCGACCGUCGUGACCGACACCGGGAUCGGGAUCGCGACAGGGACCGCGACAGGGACCGUGACAAGGACCGUGAUAAGGAUCGUCGCGAGCGCAAAGACCGCAACAGAGACCGCGACCGUGACCGAGAGAGCAGACACGAUAGGAAGCACUCGGCGGAUGGCAUCCCCACACCUGCGGAGGCAAGUCACAAUGGCGGCGGGGGCGGUAGCGGCAGCACAGCAAAAGACCCGCACACGCUAGAGCGCGAGGCGCGUAACCGCGAGCGUCUGCUCAAAGAGGCGCAGCGCAUGGCCAGCGUGGUUACUGGUGGUGGUGGCGGGGGCGGCACGAAACGAAGCCGUGGCGGCGGCGGCGGCGGCGAGGACGGCACCGAUAGCGUCGGAAGUCGCAAGGGUCGGCGUACGACGGACGGCAGCCGUCGCAGCGACGCGGCGCCCGCGGUGGGCCGCGACGGCGACGGAGACGACGACCGCGCGAGCAGUCGGCGAUACGACUAG